AUCAUUUGAGAGCGAAGAACAGAACAGAGCACAUUCGGUUCAGUUCAGUUCAGUUCGGUUCAGUGAAGAGUUGAGACUAUACGUGAUUACUGGUACAAUUUCGAGCGGCUAAUGCUGAUUAUUUAAAAGCGCUGACGACGGUGAUCGGGCGAUCGUUGAACUGGCACGUGACUGCAGUUGCUUAGUAGCAACAAUAACAAAAUAAACAGCAUGUUGGGAUCUACAGCCAUUUACUGCCUCGCUCUGAUCCCGCUGUUGCCUUCGGGCAGCCUGGCUGUCUACGAUCAUUAUCGCCUGCCCAGCUCGCUGGAACCACAGCACUAUGACCUACGCAUUCUCACCCAUCUGAAUGCCACCGACCGGCGCUUCGAGGGUGCGGUGCGCAUCGAUCUGCGUGUCCUGCAAUCGACCAGAAACAUUACAUUGCACGCGAGGAAUUUACGGAUAGACAAGUCGCGCAUUUCACUUACCGGUGGCUCCACAGCCAGAGGGGAGAGGCAUUGCCCCUCCGACAGCGACAUCGAGAUCGAGCUGAACGAGGUGUACGACUACUACACGCUGCAUCUGUGCCGGGAACUGCAGUUGGGUCAGAGCUACCAGCUGACGAUGCACUUUGAGUCAUCGCUGAAUGCCACAGAAUCGGGCUACUACAACAGCUCCUACACGGGUGCGGCAACCAAGGAGAAACAUUACAUGGCAGUCACACAGUUCUCGCCCACGUUUGCCCGCCAGGCGUUUCCCUGCUUCGAUGAACCCACGUGGAAGGCCACCGUUAAUGUGACCCUGGGCUACCACAAAAGCUACACGGGUCUCAGCAAUAUGCCGAUCCACAAGUGCCACAAGCACGAAAGCCUCCCCGACUAUAUCUGGUGCGAGCACGAGCAGCUCUUGAGGACAUCCACCUACCUGGUGGCCUAUGCGGUUCACGAUCUGCCCAAUGCGGCCACCGUGCAGAGCGACACCAAGAACAGGGUGAUCUUCCGCAAUUGGUUGCAGCCCAUGGCGUUGCAACAGGGCAACGCCUCCAUCGAAAUGGGCCCAAAGGUGCUCGGCUACUUUGAGGAUCUCUUUCGGCUGGACUUUCCCCUGAGAAAGAUCGACCAGUUUGCGGCGCCCACUCACAGGUUCAAAGCCAUGGAGAACUGGGGCUUGGUCACCUUCAGAGAGAGCAACUUCGUGCACAUCGAGGGGGUGGAGCAGGAGGAGGCAAAGGUUCUAAAGGCCAAGACGCUGGCCCACGAGUAUGCCCACCAGUGGUUCGGCAACAGCGUGACCAUGAAAUGGUGGAACGAUCUCUGGCUGAAGGAGGGUCCAGCCACGUACUUCGCCUAUCUGGCAUUGGAUGCCCUGCGGCCCGAUUUGGGUCGCGGCGAGCGAUUCAUUGGCAAGGAUUUGGAACAUUUCUUUGACCGGGACUCGGCCAGAUCGGUGCGCGCCAUUUCGCGCGAGGUGCAGGAUCCAGCACAGAUCCUCGGGCAGUUCACAAAGUACGUCUAUGAGAAGGGGGCGCUGAUCAUGCGCAUGCUGCACAAGCUGCUCGGCGAGGAGGCCUUCUUCCUGGCCAUUCGCUCCUAUCUCUCCAAACACUCACUUGGGACUGUGGAGCAGGCUGAUCUGUGGCAGUCCAUGCAGGAGGCAGCCGUGCAGCAGAAGGUGCUAUCAUCCGACUUUAAUCUGGGCCGAGCCAUGGACACGUGGACGCUGCAGGGUGGCUAUCCACUGGUCACCGCUGUGCGUGACUACGAAACGGGUUGGGUGAGCCUCAAUCAAACGAGAUUUUACCUGGAGAAGGGCCUGAGGCAAGUCACCGCCACAGACCACUGCUGGUGGGUGCCGCUCAGCUUUGUUCUUCAAAGCCAUCCCGACUUUGAGCAAACUCGUCCCCAGUCUUGGCUGGAGUGUCCCGCCACCACGACACAGGCACUGCAGCUACCCAAUGGGCCAGCGCGCAAUGAGUGGUUCAUUCUGAAUGUCCAAGUCAGCGCCAUUUACCGGGUGAACUAUGACGAGCACAACUGGAGGAUGAUCAUCAGCAGUCUGCAGAAUGAUCCAAACUUUGGGGGCAUACACGUGUACAACAGAGUCCAGCUAAUGGAUGAUCUUAUGGCCCUGGGCGCCGUAAAGCUACUCAGCUAUGACUGGGCCUUCGACCUCUUCGAGUAUCUGCACAGGGAGGAGGAGCUGCUGCCCUGGGAAAGGAGUAUCACCCUCUUGAACCGCAUCGGAAUGUUAUUGAGUGGGCGGCAGGCAAAAGAGUUAAAGGCUUACAUGGCGAAGCUACUCAGUCUGCUGUACAGGCGCCUGCCCAAGCUGGGAGCCAUCACGAGUAGGUCUGUGACCGGCAGGGACAUGUCCCUAAUGCGGCUCACAUACACCCAAGCCUGUCGCUAUCGCGUGGAUGACUGCAUCGAUCAGGCCAAGCAGCUAGUUAUGCGACAUUUAAAUACGCUGGAGCUGCCAGUCGACAUCUACGAGGUGGCCAACUGCAUCGCCAUCGAGCAGGGCGGCGAAGCGGAGUUCCAGCAAUUGCUGCAGCUAUUCAGAAACACGACGAAUGUCGCCCAGCAGGAAGUCUGGGCAUCGGCGCUCGGAUGCAGCCGCAACAUCAGUCUGCUGGCGGAGUUCCUGGACUACACGCUUCAGUCGGAGACGAAGGAAACCACCGAUUGCUACUUGCUGGCGGUGGAGACUGCACUGACACGUGAGCAUUUGGUCGUGGAGGCUGCCAACCACGUCCUGUCCCACGCCAAGAGACUCAACGAAAAGUUCAAGAAACGCCAGCUGACGCGCCUCCUGCUGACUUUGGCUGGAAAUCUACACAGACCUGAAGAUUCGGACAGACUCAGGGAGCAAUUGAAGGAUCUGAAGCAGUUCGAGGAACCCCUGCAGAAAGCACUCGAUGUGGUCAAGGUGAACCAGCAAUGGCAGGGGGAUUGCUCCGUCGAUUUUAGCCAGGCUCUUGGGAAGCAUAUCUGAGAACUUGUACGCACUGUCACACAUGUCCAAUAAACGGGAAAAUCCUUCCUUUGU